ACCCAAACCUGGACGAGCUUCCUCCCCGCAGACCCGCCGGUGUCUCUGCCUCUGUCCGUGGUCCUGAACACAAUUUCGGGGUGGAUAUUGUGGAUUUUUUUCGCCGGCUAAACGGCGGCGGUGCUGGAGGCGUGAAAAGGGGACACAAGCAUGAUUUCAUGGCCGGUGAGGUCAUGAGCAUCCCGCGGCUUGGUACCGGCGACUCCGGGAUCUGAAACACACACACACACACACACACACACACACAAACACACACACAUACAGAAAAAAAACGGAACAUUUUUCGGCUCACCUUGGAGGUCAUAAACCAUAUCAAACCCCCCUCCCCUCUUCUUCUCUUCCUCUUCCUCCUCCUUUUCUACCACUAAAGGAUUUUUUUUUUUUUUCUGGAGGGGAAUUCAUCCUCUCAAGAGUGUGACCCCCCCUACCCCCUUCAGCAACACCUUCACCCCCCCAACCCUCCAAACAAAAUGAGACUGGCAAAAAUGUGCCGACUAAACGCGCUGGGGAUCUAUUUGUGGGAAACGAUAGUGUUUUUCAGCCUGGCCUCGUCGAAAGAAGCUGCGGCGAGGAAAUCUGCCACCCCGAUGCCGCCCUCCGAGUUCCUGGACAAACUCAUGGGCAAAGUUUCGGGUUACGACGCCAGAAUUCGACCGAAUUUUAAAGUGUACAACAAAGACCCCAAAGGCUCCAAAAAUGAAGCUACUCACAAGAAAGGUCCGCCGGUAAACGUAACCUGCAACAUUUUUAUCAACAGUUUUGGGUCCAUCGCUGAAACAACAAUGGACUACAGAGUGAACAUCUUCUUGAGACAGCAGUGGAACGACCCUCGGCUGGCCUACAGCGAGUACCCCGACGAUUCGCUGGACCUGGACCCCUCUAUGUUGGACUCCAUCUGGAAACCGGACUUGUUCUUCGCCAACGAGAAGGGGGCCAACUUCCACGAGGUCACCACCGACAACAAGCUGCUACGUAUCUCUAAAAACGGCAACGUGCUGUACAGCAUACGAAUAACACUGAUCCUGGCCUGUCCCAUGGAUCUGAAGAACUUCCCUAUGGACGUCCAGACCUGCAUCAUGCAGCUGGAGAGCUUCGGCUACACCAUGAACGACCUCAUAUUCGAGUGGGAUGAGAAGGGAGCCGUGCAGGUGGCCGACGGCCUCACGCUACCUCAGUUCUUACUCAAAGAGGAGAAGGACCUGCGCUACUGCACCAAGCACUACAACACAGGUAAAUUCACCUGUAUCGAGGCUCGUUUCCACCUGGAGCGUCAGAUGGGCUACUACCUGAUCCAGAUGUACAUCCCCUCACUGCUCAUCGUCAUCCUGUCCUGGGUUUCCUUCUGGAUCAACAUGGACGCCGCGCCCGCCCGGGUGGGUCUGGGCAUCACCACCGUGCUGACCAUGACCACGCAGAGCUCUGGUUCCAGAGCCUCCCUGCCCAAGGUGUCCUACGUAAAAGCCAUUGAUAUCUGGAUGGCCGUGUGUCUGCUGUUUGUGUUCUCGGCCCUGCUGGAGUACGCCGCCGUCAACUUCAUCGCCCGCCAACACAAGGAGCUGCUGCGCUUCAGACGGAGGCGACGACACAUGAAGGAGGAUGAGACAGGCGAGGGGCGCUUCAGCUUCCCCGGCUACGGCAUGGGCCCCGCCUGCCUGCAGGCCAAAGACGGCAUGGCCAUCAAGGGCAACAACAACAACGCGCCGGCCUCGGCCGCGCCCGAGAAGACCAUCGAGGAGAUGAAGAAGCUGUUCAUCGGCCGGGCCAAACGCAUCGACACGGUGUCCCGCGUGGCCUUCCCGCUCGUCUUCCUCAUUUUUAACAUUUUCUACUGGAUCAUUUACAAGAUCAUCCGCAGCGAGGACAUCCACAAGCAGUAGUGGAGAGGCGGAGGAGGAGGAGGGCGAGAACAGUGCGAAGAGGAGAAUGCAGAGAAACAAAACGAGUGUAGGAAACAGCGAGAGAUGACUUCAAUCGAAGAUUAUUAUUGCCCCUUUUUUCACGCCAACCACGCCUCCUUUCCUUGUCUUCUUCCUUCAUCCUCUUCCUCGUUUGGUCGAGGAUAAAUUGCUUUUUGUGGCAGUCGCCUUCCUCAACCCCACCUGACACCUUCUAGACAUUAUUUGAUAUGUGUCUUGCUUUCUUUCCCCCUUAUUCUCCUCUCCUGCCCCAAAAUCCCAACUCAUUCCGGCUCUUUACACCUCCUGAAUAAUCCGGACGAGUGCAAUAGCAAUGCAGUAAAAUGCAUGAUAUAUGAAUGUGGCAAUAUAUUACUGAAAAGAUGAACAUUUUUAAAUUAAACACAGACUUUUGUGAGGCACACCUGACAAACUGUGUGGGCGUGGACGGGCUGGAAAGAAGGAAGACGAGAGAGUCUUGUAAAGAGUCUUGUAUUUGAUUUUAGGGUUUUCUUUUUUGUGUGAAGACAGAUAUAUAGUUCUAUAUGGAAAAAAAAAGUGAUGUUGGGACGGGGUGGGGGAUGUGCCAGACGCAUACAGCAGUGUAAUAUACUCAUUUAUCUGUCAUAAAUGGGAGGAAAAAAAAAAACUUUAUUUGCAAAGACGGGCAUCUGGAAAUGAGGGGGGUUUUCACCCCCCAAAAAAGGAAAGGAAGGCGGAUCGGUGCUUCCAUUUAUAAAGCGAUGCGAGGAUCACGCAUUCUAUAUAUCUCGAUUUGCUUCAAACGUGUAUUGCAAGCACUCCUCAGUGCUUUUCCUCCCCGCCCCCGCCGCCAACACCACGAAACCUUGAACUGCAGAGACACUUGAGGUUCGCUGCUGCCGCUGUCAAUCAUACGACUGGACAAAAAGAGAGAGAAAAAAAAUAAUAAUAAUUUCAAGAAACACUGUACGAGCAGUGCUGAAGAUUUUGAGACAAAAUAUCUCAUUUAUCUGUGGUCAACGUGUUCCUCUACCUGUCCUUCAUUUAUUUUUUCAUAUUUCAUCAUUUGAUCUUUUUGGUUUGUAUCUUUGAUUUAUGUGCCAAGUGAACACGUUGCUUGUGGCUGCGCGGCGCGGCGCAGCUCCGACCUUUUUGUCAAGAGGAAGGCGAAUGGUUUAACGUCGAGCGGCGUCUCCUCGCGGGCUUCUUCAGGUUUCUUUUUUUUUUGGGGGGGUGGGGGGUUUAAAUCCCUGAGACAUUAGUUUGCUUUCAUCGACUGGAGGGAAUCGAUCCCGGACAGGGUCAAAUGAAGAUCCUCGUUUGCGUUCCUCGUUGUGUUCGUCGGGACUGAGCCACAGAUAUGUUUACAUCUUAUUAGUGCUUCCUUGCUUUGACCCCGCCUUAAUGUGACACCCCACCCUUUCCCCAGCUGAGAGGACAUAUGUAGUAAAUUAUACAGAUUAUAGCACCUGUUAUACCUUAAUUAACUGUAUUUCCAUCUCAUUCACACGCACCAACUGUAGCUGCAAAUGCCAUCUUUUAUGAAAAGCUGCAUCAUCAUGCACAUGGAGUAUAAACAAACUGAUUUAUUUUUUGCCAUAGCCAUGUUGGACGGGAUUUGAUCAUUCUGCAGGUCAUUUGGUUUGAUUGACAAUUUAUCAGAUGACAUUUCUCUAUUUUACUUUGCGCCAGGCUUCUCUAUGCAAUGAUCAGUAUAUGCAAUUAUAUAUUUUUUUUCCUUCCUUUCAGCAACUCCCAUCUCCAAAACGCAACCUUUCUGUGAGUUGUCUUCUGGCUCAUUCAUCCCACUGUUACACAGUCUGUCAAUAUUAUUGGUAAAUGUGCAAGCAAUGGAGAAGCCAAAAGGGAUCAAACACAGUGAUGGAGUGGCAGCCUGUCUGGGGACUUUUCACCCAACGCAUGCAGAUUACUGUACGGAGAAAUGUUUUGUUGUAGAAAUCAGCAGCAAACCGAGUGAGCCAAACAUCCGAGCCUGUCAGAACUUGGAAAAGAAAGGGCAGAAAUUCAAGUGGAUAAAAGUGUAUUUUUUCUGCACAAACGGAUGUUUUCUGCAUUCAUGUUGUCACGCGGCAUCAUUUAUUCAAAAAAUUGCUACGCACUUUUUUCUUUCAGAAACACCAGAGGUUUUAAUGCAAGCGGGGGGGAAACAGACAUUUUCCAAGAAACACACACCAGAUUGGUAUCGAUCUUCUCAUCUAACUUUCCGAUAGAAAAUUAAUAAUUUAAUUUUCCAAAAUGAUGAACUAUUCCUUCACCAAACGGUGUUCAGUGAGCCACUUCACUGCAGCCGUUUGCUCGUCUGCGAAGAAUAGGGUUGGGUAAUGUUGGAUUUCAACAAUUCUGAUUCCGAUUCUUCCUUUCGAUUCCGGUUCUUGAUUCCGAUUCUUUGAGGGGUGGAGUUAAGAGGAACAUUUUAUUUUGAUUCAAUGGUGAUUUACAGUUUUUACCAGGCUUUUUUUUUACCGUGGUUGCUUCCCAACAAGCGCCUGGAAGUUCGGCGGCCUCCACGGAAACCAAAACUUGUGCGGGUUAAAUUUGGAACCGAUGAUCAGAUUCCAAACGAUUCCAAUAAAAAAAACGAUUCCACUGGAAUCGUAAUUUUGAAACGAUUCUAAGUUGGAACCGGUUCUCGAUGCCCAAUCCUAGUGAAGAACCCCCUCAGUCAUACGGAGUCCAGAAUUCCAAAAUAAAACGAUCGACUGGACUUUUAUUGUGAAGUUGAAAAUAUUUCACACUUACGGCAAACAAAAUACUUUCAACCUGUGGAGUUCCUGUGCCUCCUUGAAGACGACAUAGGCUUAUAACUUCACAAUAAAAACACAGUGGAACGUUUUAUUUUGACUUGUCCCCCCUGAGAACCACAUCCAGGGAAAACUGCUGAUCUCGAUGAACGUUUUCUCUGUCAAAAUGUUUAAGCCCCAGUCCAACUUGGUUUUGACGCAAAACCAAAGAUGUGUUUCUUCUUAUUUUGCGUGUGUGACGUCCUUAUCUUUGCCUUCUGCUGCUGUUGUGGGGCAAUUGUUCAAGAUUUAUUGCAGGAUGCGAUAUCAUAUACGGUUUGUCUUUUUAAUAUGAUUGCCAGAUGCAGUAUUGGGGUUUGCCAGAUUAACUUCAGAUAUAUAGAUUAAAUUACAAUAUAUAUAAGCAUAUUUUGGUAUGAAACAUGCAUUUUUCCCUCUACAUUCUAGUAUUAACUCUUUUUUAAAGAAAGCUGGUUAUUUUUAUUUGAGAAGUCACCGAGCUACCCAUUAAUCCCUAUCCCCUUUAUACUUAAACAUGUUUUACAAGUAAAACAAAUUACACACUGAGACAUUUUGGAUCUGGUAGUACAGAUUAGUUUUGUUAAAAUGAGAAGAGAUUAUUCUUACAGUGCGUCAACAUGUGCGCAUAGGAGAUCAUAAAUGUAAUACUGAUUUUUAUGAAUUUAUGAAACAAGUUACUUUCAGAGUGUGUAAGACUGAUCCGAAGGGCUAUGCCACGCACAUACAUCCUUCUGUUCCCAUUCGUGUUUGAACUUUAAAGUGGAAGUGCCACAGAAUACGCUUCAUCGCAAAAACUAUGCAUAUAUUUCUGUAAUUCAUUCCCACAUACAGUGAUACAGUUAAACAUUUAAAGGCCAUGAUCACCUAGGAUGCUUUAUUUUUUUUAAUGAUUUGGUUACAGCAGAUACAUGUCUGAGUAUGCAGCUAGCAUUUAGGACGCGAACCAUCAGAGACAAAGAACAAAAUAGCAAAGCCUGGAGGGACAUAAGAUGUGUUUUCAGCUUUAUGGUGAGCAGUAUUUGCUUUUACAGCAUCUUCCUUUUUAGUGAUGUACUCAUUUUCUUUCUCACAAGCUCAUAGAGGAAUCUCAAACUUCUCGUGGUGCGUUUAUUUUAUCAUUCUGAGACUGUAGGUUAGCCGGCUGAAACGAAUUAGGUAGCUGCGUACGGACUCGCCCGAAAGCAACUCUGGAUGGCUUUGUUUCGGAUGUAACUUUAUGGAGUCCAAACAAAAACCAAAAGAAUUUUGCGCGCAACUUCCAAAUGUCAACAAUUUUGCUUAAAGAGAAAAUGUAGCAAAAUGUACAGUAUAUUACACUGUAGUAUAUUGCACAGUAUUAGCUAGCAGCUAAACAGAAAAGCUAGCAAACAUGCUUGUUUAGCUAGCGUCAUAUGUAAUUUGUGUGCAACUUUCUGAUAGUGUUUCUUUGUUGGGCCACAUUACAACCUUCCGUUGUGGUCUUUCUUUCAUGCUAGCACCACAGGUAAAGCGAUGACAAAAAGUAUUUUGUUUUUCCAAAAAAUGCUGAAAAUUAUCUUGCUAGCAAAGUCGACUCUUGCGCUUGCGUACGCAGAAGCAAUGUAGCAAAAACAUGAGAAGAGCAGGCACGUCACUUAGGCAAUUAAAAAGCCAACAAACGCUAAAAAAAAGCUUAUUUUUGCUAUACUUUGUUAAAGAAAAACAAUUUUAUUUGCUAGAUGUAGCGCAGAAUGUGUUCGUCAUUCUGAUUUCUUCAUACGUGAACCUACGAAGCCCACAAAGUGCUUUUUUAGUAGAGAUCUUUAGUAGAGAGAUAUAUUGUGCAUUCAAGUGAUACAUUUAAAUAUAUAUUGGGAUUUUAGGGGCUCUGUAAAAACCAACAAAAGUAAAAAAAUAAAAAUAAAAUAAAAACUGCAAAAACAUUUUUAGCAAGAGUUUUGUUUAUGCUAAGGAGUUCGGGAUAGCACCUUACAAUAUCAUUGCAAACGCUCAAAUAAAUGGUCGCUGAACAACAAGUUAAAAGAGUUUGUUGAUUUUGGACUUGCAAAUAUAAACCAGCGCCAUCUCAAGUCCCUUCAGGGCUGCAGAGUGACAUUUUAAUAAUUGAAAACGCCUUUGUUUGUAGCCUCCUCUCUGAUCACGGCCUAACCCCGACUGGGAAACGUCCGCAGGCUCAGUCCUUCCGUGCCAUAGACACUGCAUCUGGAAUAAGUCAGAAGCACUUCUGUCCAUCAGCCACUUUGUCAACAGCAGUCGUCCAUUUUUCUAAAGCUUACGUACAUAUCUUCUCGUGCCAUAUGGGGGUUGAAUAUGCAACUAAAAAAACGAGGACCUAUAAGCAUAUCGUGCAUUCAUUCAACUACCAUUUUUACAUGAUUCAUACCCUUUCCUCAGACGUGGUGUUGUGUGUACCAUAGUCAUUUUAAAGCUUUGUCAUAGGCCUCACAUCAUUGUAUUAAUCGUUGUUAUACUGUAUGGGUUGGGGGAGGGAGGGGUUCAUAACAUGAGAUAGAUACUGGGUUCAUAUGGCAUUACGUUGCGAUGUGAUGCAUACGGACUGAUAACAAAGAUUUGUUUUUCGGAGGUUUAUAAAUCCUUUGGUUCUGAACUGGAUUUUAAAGUAGCAUGGUUUGAUUUGUCAAUGAUUGAUUCUAUUGGUUUUUGGGGGUUUUGUUUCAAUUCUCUUGUAUUUUAUUGUAUGUAUUGUAUAAUCCAAUGCCCUGAGGGAGAAGGGAAAAAACAGUGACUCCUGAACUGCUGUGAACUAAAGGAAACAUUAUUAUGAUUAUAUUUAUUUAUUUAUUUUCUUUGCACAAGUUGGAAUGGCCUUAAUUUUGCUUUACUUGCUUCUAUUGUGUAUUGGCACAAAGUGCACCCGUUUGAUUUGCAAAAAUUACGAUGCUCAUUACGAUGCUUAUAAUCCGAGAGCGCACAUCAAAGCAGGAUGAAAAAAAAAAUAAACUAAGAAAAGUUCAGCAAAUCUUUCUUUUAUUUUUCAUUAAUCUGAGAAACAAUAUUUUGCAUGAAUAUAAAUACAAUGGCAGAUAUUUUGGCUUGUACAAAAAAAAUGUGAAGCAAUUUGAAGAGAAAAAAAGAAUGUACCGUUUCUGCUGUAUCUGUAUAUAUCUAAAUAUUUAUUGAAAUAUGUCAUACUACUAAUUCUAUUAACGAUUAAAGGUUUUCUGAACAAAAAUCUCUUUACCUGUUUUUGAACAUUGUCAAGGUUGUUGGAGUUGGAUCUUCUGCUUUCUGUUACUCGACUCAAGGAUCUGUGUAAUCAUUAAAGAAAAAGUAUUAAAAAUUGCAAAUAAAUCUUUGCUGCAAGGUG